AUGAUGGAACUUGUAAAAGAACUGAGCCAACUCCACAGUCGCCCAUUGAGACAACGAAAGGGAAAUAUAACUAAAUAUCGUCAAGACAAUACCGACGGAGGAACAGAGAUACCUGCACAAAGUGAUGUCUUUUGUCAUACUGAUGCCCCACCAAUUUGUGAAAGUGAUAACUUGGUUGGAACACAAGAGAGCAAUAAUGCUGUAAUGGACAAUAUGGCUUUGUUACUAGGGCUCACUCAUGGUGGUCAUCCAGAUCAGUUGUACAAACGACCAUUGACAGGAAAUAUAACAUAUCCUACAGUCCAUGAAAAUUAUCUUAAGGGUGACCAAUAUCAAAAUUGGAAUGGAGGUUCUGGUUUGAACGACCUAGCUCUAGUUCAAGAGGAAAUGGUCACCAAGAACUCAAAUGAAAAUAGAAGCAAAAGUUAA